AACUCACCAAACCUCUAAUAAAAUUCACCAUGAUGAAAUAAAAUUUACUAUAAUGAAAUUUGCUAUAAUGAAAUUUUGCUAUGAUGAAAUUUCUAGUAAAAAUAUUAUCAUUAUCAAUUCUAGUAAAGAGAAAGAUGAUAAUACUUAUCAGAAUGAUUUUGUUGAAAAAGAUGAUAAA